UUUUUCUUGUCACUUCUAUAUAUUGGUUUUCUCUGAAACUAAAAACUUCAUUAGACAAGUUGUUCACAAAAUAGAUUAUACAAAUUUUCCUCCUUUAAGGAGAUUUUGUUUCUUCUUUCUACAAGAUCAUCAUCGAAUCAGGUUUAGCUUAGGCGCGUUGGACAAACACUUUUUACGUGAAGAAAUAAAUGAAUCUAUAUGUGACACGUGAAUUUAUUUUUAUUUUUUAAAAAAACUUCAUUUUCUAACCUGGGUCCCACCCCUUUCUUUAUUUUCUUUACAUGUCUUCUUCUUCUAAAACUCCACCACGAACAGAAACAGGGAAAAAGUACAAUUUGUAUUUUCUCUUAUCACAUGUCACUAUAGUUGCAAAGAAAGACACAAAUCUCCUUUGAAAUAUACAUCUUUAUCGUAAUUGCUAAGGAUAUUAAUUAUAAAUUCGAAAAUUAAUUAUCUGAUAUGCAACUUUACAUAAUUAUUUAUUUGAUUUUCUAGUGAAUAUACAAACAUUAUGGGAAGAAAAAAAUUAGAUUGAGAUUAAAACGAAGUAAAAUUUCAGGGAAAUGCUUCUAUUUUGAAACUGUAAUCAUUUUUUUGUUUUGAUGUUCAAUAGGUCUGCACGCUUAAGAGAAAAUGAUUAGUAAUAAGCGAUUAUUAUCUAACAAAAAACUAUGGAUGAAAAAUUAAAUGUGAGAUCACAAAAAAAAAAUUGGUUCUCAAGAAUGAGGCAGAAAUUAAGUAAUACACUAACCUAAAAAAAAUUGUAUGAUGGUGAAAAGUGGAAGAGAAAGCAUGAGAAAGAAGAACAAAAAAUAAAUAAAUUCAAGAGGGUGGUGAAAAGAGAGAGGAAAGUGAGGAAGAAGACGAAAAAAAAUUCUUAAAAAAACUUUUCAAACGCGCUCAGAAUUCGUACAACACACCUAUAUUGCUGAGUCAGCGAAAAGUGUCCUAAUGACACAAUAAAAGCCUAUUACAAGUGUUCAAAAUAAAUAAAAUCUAUUUAAGGUGUUUAAAUGAAAGUUAAUGUAAUGUUUAAGGGGCUAUCGAUAAAUUCCCUCUAUUUUUAAUAUCAAAGUAAGAUAUUUGUGACAUAGAGAUGGUUUCAUUCGAAUAUCACUAAUUGUUACAGGGAUAUAAUAUUAUUUCAAUUAAAACAUAAUUCAUAGUAGUAGUCCAAACAUGUAAAAACAUGUAAAAACAUAUAAAGUAUUUGCUUGUGGUUGAAUCAAACUAAAAUAAACAAAAAGUUAAAAAUUCGGGUAAUGCACGGGAACAUAUACUAGUAAUCGUUCUUAAUAAGUGAUGGUCCUUCCAUCCAACCAAAACAAUGAAAAGUCAUCUGGCUAUUUCUGUCAAUUGUCUUUUCUGCAUCAAUUCUAUGGCGUCUUCCAUUGUUAUCCACCAUCUCCAUCUGCUCUCUCCUCUUCUUCUCUUCUCCAUCAUAGUUGUGUCCAGCACCGCCACACGUCAAAUUCGGCCGACCAGCAAACAAUGUCAUCUUCGCACCUCGGUUCUCCUCUCCUCUUCGCUCGCUCUCAAUUUUGCACGCUGGUGGAGUCUGCCGCUGCUUCCUAUAUCAGUGAGUGCAACUACUGCUCCACACAAGGGACAUGCAGGGUUACCAGUGUUAGGAGUUUAUUCAAUGCAACAAAUGUUACACUUUGUACAUUUUAAAACAAUACGCUACAAUCCUUUUUUGCCGCUCAUUUCCAAAAUGGUCGUUCCCAAACGAAAUACCUCCUGCAGACUAAUCAAGAUGCAUACUCAACUCAAUCACUAAACUGCCCGCUUUAAUUAUGAGCAUAAUAUAUUGUAAUAACCUUUUCGGUAGUUUUGUUUUUGUGCCCGGGCAUUCUUUACUAGUAUGUAAUGUAUAUGGUGCUAGAUUGCAUAUUGCAACGUGCUAAUUGCGAAUCAGCUAAUGGGAAAUCUAAUUCCGUUUGAUUGAGUUUCUAAUUUAAUUUAGACUCAAUUACUUUACUUAGGGUUGCUUACUCUAUAAAUAGUUAAUAAAAAUAAUUAUUUUGGAGGA